CCCCCCCACCCUGGGAUGUUCUGGGGCUACAUUACAGAUUGGGGCAGGAGGUUCUUAAGAUUAAGGAGAUUUUUUUAUCUCCAGUUGUUUUGGGUGCCUGGGGGAGCAUGUUGCGGUCUGUCCCCAUCACCAUUGUGCUCAUCCCCACUGCCAUCACAUUCUUGUAGCCAGCAGGCUCCUGUCCCCAUCACCGGUGUAUUCCCAUCCCGUGUGUCCCAGGUGAGCCGUUCCCACGCUGUGGCAGGGGUCCAGGCACAUUCUUGGGGCAACCAAGAAACUUUCUCCAUUGCACCAGAAAAAGAAGUGAAAUUCUAACACACCCUCCUGUGAAACCGACCUCAUAUCAGGGCCAAAGGGGAAGCACAAGCCCUUCUGGGGAUAAGAGAAGCCAUAACUCAUAGCUCAUCACCACCGCAUCGCCCGGCCACGUGAUGCUCAGAUUUCAGCUGCCUCUGGGGCCGUGGGCUGCAGCCUUUGGAAGGGAAAAAACCCAGGAAGUGGCUGGACGCCUCACCUAGUGCCUGGAAUUUUUCACAUCCAGCUGCAAAACGAGCAGAGGAAAAAGGGAGCGGGGUGGCAAGUACAGCUGAAAUGCAGCAGCUGGAGGCAGAAGGCAGCCAGGGCUGUCGGCCCGGGACGGUCACUGCAGGGGGAUAAAAUUCUGCGAAAAGGCGGUCAUGAACCGGAGGAGCUGCUACAAGUGACUGCAAACAUGCCAGAAACGGAAUGUUCCCCUUCUCCAUCCCCCAUGCACAGGCACAGCCGUCUCACUGCCAUCUUUUUGCAGGCCGGAUGAGGCUCUCCCAGCCCUGGGGCAGCACCGAUACCCUGUUUCCACCCCCUGGCAGCAUUUUACCCCCUUGGGUGCCAUUCAGCACAGCAAGCCAGGGCCAGAGCGUGUCUCAUCUCCCUGUUGUGAUCGUCAUCUUUUUUUUUUUUACCCCCCCUCCAGUGCUAAUGCGAUGCAGCCACCCCAAGGACGUGGCCAACGCACACAUCAACGUGGGCAACAACACGCUGCUCAACACCCGCCUGCGCUACACCUGCAACCCGGGCUACAAGCGCAAAGCUGGUACCUCCAGCUUGAUCCAGUGCAUCCUCCGUGAUGGCUCCACCGAGCCCGACUGGACGCACACCACGCUGCAAUGCAUCCGGGAUCCGGCUCUACCUCCACUAACCCCCAGCCCUGAGCUCCCGACCACGCCGUGCACCAAGAGGAUGACCCAGAGGGCAGGAACCACCGACGCCAGCCCGACCUCCAGCCCCGCUUCAGCAGCAAUGCCCGGGCUGCCGGGAGCUGCCAGCCGGUCACCCGCACCAUCAGCACCUGAUGAGCUGUCACUGGGGACAUCCACGCUGCUGGAGAUGUCCCCACCACUGGGAGAGGGGACGGCCCCAGGGAUGUCUCUGGGGCCAACCCCGCUGCCCACCGCCUUCACGGACCACACCGCAGUUUCCAUCCAGACCCUGGCCUCUUCCAUUGGGGUCCCGGUGCUGGUGGUCGUCAGCGUCGUGGCCUGCUGCUACUGGAGGAUGCAAAUGAGCAUGAGGCCGAACUACAGGGUGCCGGUGAUGAGCAUCCCCAUGGUGGCUCUGGCUGCUGAGAACGAGGUGUUGCCAACCAGUGUCCUCCCCACGGGCUGAGCACCCACCGCCGGGCAACUCGGUGCACCCACCAGCCUGGAGGAUGCUCGGAGCUCGGAUGGGAAGCCGGGCGCUUCCCUGAGCAGCAGCGGUGCGUGACAGAGUGCGUCCCGGUCCCCAGCCGCCCUCUGCGCAGAGCAUCCUCACUCCAGGGACACACAGCCGCUCUUCCCACGCUGAACAAGUGACUGUCAUGGAUGAGACCGCUCCAGCGCCCAAAGGUGCACGGGUGUCCCACUGUGCGGCUGAGCAGGGGGUGGGUGAGCCCUGCGAGCACCCCGGGGUGGCGUGCAGGCAGUGGGUGUUCUGCAUCAGGAGCCAGAAUUUGGAGGAGGUGGUCCUGUGGGUGUUGGCGGGUGGCAGGGGGCGGGCUGGGGACUGCCUGCCCCAGCCCCGAGGGCUUUUAAGCUAAAAGGAGGGUCUUUGGGGUGCAGGUGAUGGGGUUUGGGUGCUGGGGGUGAAGCUGGUCUGCUCUGCCUCAAGCAGUGCCUGUCCCCAGGUCAGGAGCAAGGCCAGAGCUGGGCCAGCUGGACACCGGCCCCUUCCCUAGAGCCGCUUUGCCCCCAGAUUGCCCCAAGACACAGAAAGCAGCGCUGCUCGCGGCAGACACAGAGAGGGGGACCCAGCCAGGCACCCCUCCGCAACGUCCUCACCCCACUCCUGCUCUCUUUCAGCCAUUCACUGGUGAACCCGCAACCACAGCGAAAAGCGCCGGUGCCGUCCCGCCACGGUCACUCCUCGUACGCAGCUCGGGGACCUGGUGGAGGCAUUUUUGGUGCCGACUUCAGAUGCCCACCGGCUCCGGCCCCUCGCAGGGGACCACAGGCAGGAGCUAUUUCACUACAGACACUACCAAAGACCAAAAGCAAUAACAUGACCUAGGAACUAUUUUCCUUUGCAUGUUUUCCUUUCGUCCAUCAUCAGCUGCUAUCGACUCUCUUCCCCCUUGCUACAGAACAGGCAGCUUUAUACUGAUGCCAUUUUAUGAAUAUAUACAUAUAUAUUGUAUAUAAAAUAACAUGCACACA